AGCCAAGUCGUUUCCUAGGUGACGCAGCUGCAGCGGCAGCAUCGACGCUCGAUUGAGCGGGCCUGGCAGAGGUUCCCAGAGGGCCGCGCGUGCGCUCGGGGCUCCGGGUAGCUGUCAUGGCGGGGUUGUUGAAGAAGACCACCGGCCUGGUGGGAUUGGCUGUGUGUAACACUCCACACGAGAGGCUAACAAUAUUAUAUACAAAGAUUCUUGAUAUCAUGAAGCAGUUCCCUAAACAUGCAGCCUAUAGAAAAUACACCGAACAGAUCACCAAUGAGAGGCUGGAUAUGGUCAAGGCGGAACCAGAUGUUAAAAAAUUAGAAACCUUGCUUCAGGGUGGUGAAGUGGAAGAGGUGAUUCUUCAGGCUGAAAAUGAACUGAGUCUGGCAAGGAAAAUGCUGCAGUGGAAGCCAUGGGAGCCCCUGGUGGAGGAGCCUCCUGCCAACCAGUGGAAGUGGCCCAUAUGACCACAGUUCCUGGUGGCUGAUGAGAAUUAAACGCGCAAUUAAAUGUUCUGUUAUGCUACAA